AUGUCCAAGUUCCGUCCUCUCCCACGCAAGAAAAACCCCCAGUCUAUGGUCUCUGAGGACCCCUGGAGGGUAGACGCCCCCUUUGGACCACCGCGCAUCUCCUACUUCCCCAACGCUGGGAUACGACGUAUCCGAGACACACUCUCCAAACUAUCGCCCGCAGCGCGGGCCGAGCGAGAACUCCUCAAGCAGAAGAACCGAUACAAAAUCCCUUUGACCGAGCGCAACAUCGACACUCUCGUUACCGCACAGCAGUACUCAGAGGCAUGCUAUCCGGAGAAGCAUAAUCGGGAGCUGCAGGUGUCGGCCUGGUUGGAGCGACUGUCCGAAGAGACGGCAGGCGGACGGAAAGCAGACUGA